GUCUUCCCUUCCUGCCCUCGCCGCCGCGGCGGCUGUUCCGACGCGAGCGACAUUCUUCCAAUCGUCCCCGACGAAGACGUCCCAUGCCAUCUUCCACCGCGCCACACCACGCUGGAGGCGCUCUUCGCUCGUAGACACCGCGCUGCUCUACUGGACUGCCGCCGGAGUUGGAGAUCCAUUCGGACCCUGGAUUGGAUUGAUAUCUUUCUUUGAUCCCUUUUCCCAGCUUUGUGAAGAAAAUGGCAAGAACUCCAGGAGACCGUAACAGAUCGAGCCGGCGACUUAGGUCAUCUCCUACUGUACCUUCCUACUACAAGAAAGCAAAAAAGGCAGCCAAGCAAAAGGAUUUGCAAUUAACCUCAGAGGAAAAUGAUUGGAAGCAUGCGACUUGCCCAAUAUGCUUGGAGCGUCCACAUGAUGCUGUCCUCCUCCUGUGUUCUUCCCACAACAAAGGUUGUCGACCAUACAUGUGUGGUACCAACUAUCACCAGUCUAAUUGUCUUGAACAGUUUAAAAAUGCUUAUGUGAAGGAAAAACCAGCACAUGAAGUACCAAUUGCAGUGGCAGCUGCUAGCAAGAGGCCAAAGGAUAUGGAGCUUGCAUGCCCUAUCUGCCGCGGGGAAGUGAAAGGGUGGACGUUGGUUGAGACAGCCCGACAAUUUCUCAACCGCAAGAAGAGAACUUGCAUCCAUGAGGAUUGCUCGUUCAUUGGAUCAUAUAAGAAGCUCUGCAAGCAUGUGGAGGCCAAGCAUCCUUCAUCCAAACCUCGUGAAGUUGACCCAGCACGUUUAGCUGAGUGGAAGGAGCUUGAAAGUCAAAAAGAGAGGCAGGAUGCAAUAAGCAUAGUCACAGGCUUGAAUCCAGGAUUUAUUAUUAGGGGGGACUACCUUAUUGAUCCCAAUAGUGGCAGCAGUGACUUUGAUAUGGAUAGCUCUGAUUGGAGUGAUAGUUCUGACUCUUGCAUGUUUUCUGAUGAUGAUGAUGAUGACGAUGAUGAUGAUGAUGAUGAUAUUAUACUUUCUGAUGAUGCUGGUCUUAGAGCAUUACGAAGAGCAAUUCGCAGAGCUUAUAGUAGGAGAAAUGCAGCAAGAGCAAGGAGAAAUGUCCGAAUUGUAGGGGUUGGUAAUUCUGGCAUUGCGCGUCGUGGUUUGACCAUCUCUAGAAGCAGUGGAAGGCGUCGUGGUGUAAGAAACCAUAGAAAGGUGCGGGUUGGGUCUGCUCAUAGACGUGCAAGAUCUACAAAUGACAGCUGAGAUAUGGGAGCUGUGGCAUUCUUAUGGGAGCUGUUCUGGUGGCACCAAUAUUGAUGGGGUUGCUUUAGUUUGUUUCUUUUCUGGUCUGGUCAUAGAGGGCGAGGAUUAAUGGAGUUUUUUGUGCUUUGUUAGGCCAUCUUCCUUUCCUUUUUUCCUGAUGAAUGCACUGCUAGAUUUGUGAAGGAAGGACGUUUCUUUUGUCGAAGUAAAUUAGAAGCAGGGUAUGUUUAUAGACAAAGCAUGGUUUAGCUGUCGGUGUUAUUGUGCUAGAAAACACAAUCCAACUCUUGGUCACUUAUGUUCAAAGUUUAAGUCAGACUGUUAUAUUAUAUGUUUCCAAUUGUCCGGUAAAUGUGUUGCUUGACUUGAA